UUCACGGCCAGGGGGCACUUUACGCAGCCCCAGGUCCCUAAGGAGCUUGGAGCCUCUGCGCUAUAGGUCGCUCGUCCUCAAAAUCCAUUCCCGCCAUAGCCGGAGAGAGCCCCGGAAAUUCCUCGCACAGCACACGACACGCCCGUCAUCAACCACCGGCAAGUCUUUCCAUUCCACGCCGAGCAACACGCCGCAACAUCCAGAAAUGCCAUACUGCAGCAGAAGGCCAUGAUCUAUAGCUUCUUAUAUCUCAAGCAUAUAACGAGAUCGAGGAGGGUCAACACCCACUGCAGCUCUGGGGAUCAGCAGCGCCGGCAACUCAGCACCUGGCACUAGCUGCCAGGUGCAACGGGCACUUUGGGACCUACUGUACCUAGCAAUCUAGGCAGUAAUAAUAUGGAACAUUUAAUUUAUCUCUGGGCAGGGCGUCGCCAGCGCGUGGCUCUUUCGAUCGAGCUCACUCGCAACAACGCGCCGGCAGCUCUGUUAUGUCCUUUUCCAGCAUGUAUCAGCACACAUAUUGUCGCUUUCGCUAGCUCCAUACUAGGUUUAUGUCUUGAGCUUGUCGCUGCUUUUGAGGCAUUCAGCCAUUGUUUGUAUAUUAUUCCAUUGUUUGGUUGAACUCUCAGCCAGUUAUAUUUCGUGGACGGUCGGUACAGGGGGGGGAUAAGCAGCUACGGCGUCGCCCUUUCCCGAUCCCAAUUCCGUGACAUCUGCUAUUACUAGUACCACUCCGUUCGUCUUCGAAAGCUUUCUAGAGCAUGCGCAUGCGCGCAAUUAUGAGAGCCAUGAAGGGAUGGAUGAUAGCUAGGGCCCGAGUUGGUCCGGCGCUGCUGAGAGGUCGGGUCAAAACAGCUGGUCGGCCUACGCGUUAUGGUUCAUCACAAGUAGGCUCAACGAACACAAUGCCUGGCCCCGACCAAGACGAAGAUGACUCGUCGAACAACUCGAAAUCCGGCGGGGACUCCAGGUCGACCUUCUUCAAGGUUUUUGAAACGGCCGCGACAACGUUCGCUUCGAUAGCCGUUCUCGGUCUGGCAGGCUACUCGUACCAUCUCUACUACAAAGCGUUGGUCCUGCGCAAAAUUGAAAAGGCCUUCGCCCCUGGAGAUCCUAUGCUGGAUCUGGCGUCGCCUCCCGGACCGCACGUUCAUGCCACCGACGAGGCCGCCGACGACCCUGAUAAUUGGAUAGCACGCCCGGAGCAGGCCAAGAUUGACGGCAUUAUCAAGGGGGAGUCCAAAGGUAGAUAUUAUCUUCUCGUGGGCGAGAAGGGGACAGGCAAAUCAUCCAUGAUUCUUGAGGCCAUGCGAAAGAUCGACGGCGAAGGAGUCUCCAUGUUCGAAGCCCAUGCUGACCUGGAAAUUUUCCGGAUUCGACUGGGUAAGGCCUUGAAUUAUGAGUUCCAUGAAGACUACAUUGGCUCGCUGUUCUCCAUCCGUGGACCGCGGGACACAACGGCUCUACUUGACAUCGAGCGGGCAUUCAACAAGCUGGAAAAGGUUGCUUUGGCUCAUCGCGACAAGAACCAAAAACAGACCGCUCGGAAAGGGCCCCUUGUUCUCAUCAUAAAUUGCGCUCACCUGAUUCGCGAUGACGAGGACGGCAAUGACUUGAUCGAGUUGAUGCAACAGCGUGCCGAACAAUGGGCUGCAGCCAACUUGAUCACGAUGAUAUUCAAUUCCGACGACUACUGGGUCUAUGAACGCUUAAAACGCUAUGCAACGAGGAUGGAGGUCAUUCCCGUAUUGGACCUGAACAAGGAGCGCGCCAUUGCGGCUUUGGACCGAUAUAGAGCGAAAUACUUCCCUGAACAGAAACGAGAUCCGGAAAUCUUGAAACAAGUCUAUGAUAUGGUUGGCGGAAGGUUGAAUUUCCUGAGCCGGGUGGCUAAGAGCUCCGACAUGCUCAGGAUGUGCCAUCAGAUCAAGGAAUCUGAAAAGACCUGGUUCUUGAACAGAUGUGGUAUCCUCGGGGAAGAAAUGGACGAUGAUGUGAUGGAUCAACAGAAAUAUGCAAGUGCGGCCAUGGUGCUCGCCAAAGCACUGGUUGACAUGGAUAAAGACAUGGAAACCAGCUAUGACGAGGAGAAGGGCCACAUUCUUCCCCAAAUCCCUCUUUACAGGGCUCGCCAAAUCAUGACCAGAGCUGAUUUCAUCCAAAGCUACGAUCAUGACAAUAUAUUCACCAUUGACAGCAAUGCCAUGGUUCGCGCUGACAGUAUACCUAUGAUGCACGCCUUCAAGGAGAUUUGCGCCGAAGAAGGUUUUGAUGACUACCUGGAGGCCACUUUGGAUCGCAUUUCGGCGAUCGAGAGUAUCAACAGAACGAAAGAGCUGACAUUCAAGGACUUGUGGUUCGAACAGAAAGGAGAACAAAGAGGGAAGUACUCGUUUACUAUGAGAGAUCCCAAAGGACGAGAAACUGGCACCGUCGAAAUGAGAGUACAACCAGACAAAUCAGCCGACGACAGCGACGAUUGAAUCGACCUCUAUUGACCUACCGUUUUGCUUUUGCUCACACCAAUCACGCUUAACCCCACUCCUCUUGAAUCACCUGUCAGCUUCGUUAAUCGACGCUUCGUUGUUCGACAGUUCGUUGUCCCAGACACACCAUGCAUCGCCGCAGCAUUGAGGGAGGGAGGAAAUGGUUGAUCCGUUCUCCGUUCCCGUAGGUCUCCAUCAAUCGACGGUACCACUUACCGCAGUCAGGGCAGUUGUUUCUGUUCUGCCCGGGUUUCGAAAUCCAUCGCUCCAAACCUGGGCCAUUCGGAUCAAUCUCCCAGCUGCGGGGAAGCACACAUUCAGAUUCCUCGAGUUGCUUGAGGUUCUCACGAGCUUUUCUCUCGAAAAAGCGGUAAAAUGCGGCCCUGCAGCUCAUACACUGCCAGUCAGUAUAGUCCUGAUGAAGAGUGUUCUCGUCACGGUUGAACGAACAGUCACAUUGUGGAAGGCCGUUUGGAUUGUUCCCCUUGAUUCUCCGACUGCAUGGACGGCAAUAAUGCAUCUCAGUUUCCUGGGUCUUGCGGUGAACAUACUCCUGCUGGGCCUUCCAGACGCACUCACCGCAGAUGAACUUGUUGCAGCCGCAGAAGACACCUGCCAUGGGGUGGUACUUACCGUAACACCGGCGGACCGGGACAGUGCUGGAGUCCCGGAAACAGCCAAUCUCCUGGCAUUGCACUGGCCUUAUGCCUGCGAAAUACGGGUCUUUGCUAUCGGGUUGGAGGGGUUCAUAAGGGUACGGUUUCCAUUCUUCAGCCACCGUCCGGCAAGUCAUCCUGAGUCGGCCAUACUCAUAAGCUGUGAGACCGCCGGCCAGCCGGAGAGCAUCUCGAAAUGGUGCGACACAAGCAAAAAUGCUCUGGAAAUCAAGUUGCGGCUUGGCGUACAGAGGCAUGCGUGGGUGCUUUGAAUUAGUGGUGUUGGUAGGAUAUGUCAGAAGUGUUGGACCAGCCAAGCUAUCGCACCGGCGCUUACCUGAGGGUGCAUUGUCAAAUUCAUCUCCAGAUUGCCUUCGCUUGUUGAUUAGCGCCAUGACUGGUUAGUGUUUUGGAAGGAGAUGCAGAGGGAAUGCUGCCGGUGCCGCUGCCUUCGAGAUCAUAUCAACUCGAGGAUGACAAAGAGCCGAAUUGACCUGAACAAUGGCAUUGUAUGGGGCCCAUCAGCCUGGAGAGAAUGCUAGACAAAACCGUCAUUGUUCUUGGGGGACUAGAACUGUCUAGUUUUCGCAGAUAUCCGAGUCGCAGUAAAGCGCUUUAUGGAUCUGAUAAAGAUACAAUGGUUUCCACACCACCGGACAGCAUUGUCGGUGCUUCUCCACUGGAGUCAAAGGCGUCUUUGUGAGCGAAGACAUGGCCUAGGGAGCUAUGGAUGUGCGAAAGGAGCAUCUUUGUACUAUUCUUCCACGGCAGGAAACUGAAGCUCAUCCUGCUCAAAGAGCUUUUACUGAACACAGUCUCUCUGCAUCCAGUAGGGGUAUAGUUGAUGACAAUCAAGCUCUGGGUACGCUCAGCGCGCAUUGUUUGUUUUGUCUGAAGCUGUCAGGUCCAACAGGGCAAGCCACCAGUGGCCACCAGUGAGCGUAACGUAUGCAGACUCCUCAUGAUGAAGCACGAUACGUCUCCCCAUCGUGCACAACUUGAACUUGAACUCGAUGCUUCCCAAGAAGUCUCAAGUCCUAAGUUCCAGGUGGACGUGUUGUUGUAUGAGCCUUAACCCUACUCGUCUGACUGAAAGACCAGGUACUGUUGAACUGCUAUAAAGCGCGCGCCCAACAUGUCAGACUAAACAAUUCCC